GAAUUUUUUCCUCCCCUUCUCUCCGUUCAUUUCCGGCGUCCUCAUCCCCCAAGCACCACCCCCCAAAGCACACAGCAAGCAGACGGCCGGGCACCACACACCACCCCGACCCCCCGGAUUCCACCCACCGCCAACCUUUGCCUUUCAGCAGUUGCGCCCUGAUACGACAGGCAGGCACCCACUCAGCAGGAACCGUCCGAGCUUUCUGUUUCCAUUAAAAACCCGCACCCGCGCCCGCACUCAAGCUUCCACCUGAGCCCUAACUGCUCCCCUACACCAUCACUACCGCCACCACAACACCGUCUGCCAGAGCCCACCAGCAUCACUACCAGUACCAGCUAUCCAUCAGCCAACCGCCAUCAUGCCGCGCCCACCCAAGAGCAAGGUCGCCGAGAUCGUUAAGCCAGUCAUGGCUGCGCCUGGCCCUGCGAGGGUCAUUGACGUCGACAAUUUCAUCCGUGUCCGCGAUUCGGUCUACCAACGUCUCUCCACCAUCCAGGACUUGAUUAAGAGCUUCAGCCAAGACUACCUGCGUCAGACCAAUCUUCUCCUCGGAGAGGGCACUACUCUCGAGAAUGGCGGUGAUCUCGAGCACCUCCAGACCUCCCUAACCGGCAUGCUCCCCGGCUUCUUGGUUGCUCCGCAGCCCAUGGUCGAGGAGAAGAAGGAGCGCAAGAAGCGUACCCACGACCCCAAUGCCCCCAAGCGUCCCUUGACCCCUUACUUCCUCUACAUGCAGACUGCUCGCCCCAUCAUUGCCAAUGAUCUGGGCGAGGAGGCCCCCAAGGGUGCCGUUCAGGAAGAGGGCCAGCGCCGCUGGUCCGUUAUGGGUGCUGCCGAGAAGCAGGGCUGGAACAACGCUUACCAGUACAACCUGCGCCUCUACAACGCCCGUGUGCACUCCUACAAACACGGCAAUGCCAACGCCAAGAACAUGACCGAUGACGAGGCCCUCAAGUAUGCUGAUGAGUACAAUAUCGAGAUGCCCACUGCUGCUCAGGUCGAAGAGGUCCCCACCGACCAGGACGCCAUUGCUCAGCAGCUGCAGCAGAACGUUGUGCCCGAGGUUUCUGAAGAGGAGGAGGAGCAGCAGCAGCAGCAGCAGCAACCGGUCCCCGUUUCCAAGACCCCCAUCAAGAAGAAGGACACCCGCAGGCGCAAGACUGCCACUCCCGCUGAGGAGGCCGAGCCCGCUAAGCCCGUGGUCGCCCCCGCCAGCCCGGAGAACAAGAAGCGCAAGCGGAAUGUCAAGGCGGCUGAGGUGGAAGAACCUAAGAAGUCGGGGCGCAAGAAGACCAAGGCCUAGAAGCGCUCUUAAUCCACCUCACGCUUUUCCCUUGCCGGGUUCUUUCAUGAUACCUCGUGGCAAACAACCUGGGUUGUUUUCCUUUUCAUUUUCAUUUCCGUUGUACGAUACCCUCCCUCUAUCAAAGGAAUAAGGGGAGUGCGUAUCCAUGUCAACGAGCGCGGGUCAGCGUCAUGGUUAUUUUCUCUCUGUUAAAGUGGCGGUCUUUGGUCCACUUUACUUCUCCUGUAUGAUUCAAUGAACGGCUAAAGAGGAAUUGGUGGUUCUCCAUCUACGAAAACAAGCUCGAAACGGAAAAUAUGGGGUUAAGGAUAAACGGAGUCUGCUCUUUUUGCGAAAUUCGGCUGAAGAUAUGAUAUGAGGCUGUCGCAUGUUGUACUUAUGGCGGUUAGCUCUACAUAGCAUGUAUGGGCCCGGUGGAUAAAUGAAUUUCAGUGUUCGAAUAACGAUUUGGUCUUUUAAUGCCGUGGGUACUGGCAGAGCAAAGAGGUCACCCGCUGGCUCACAGAGGGUCAAAUGGAGUUGUGUUGGUCUUUACGCGAUGUUUAAUGAACACAAUAUAUGCUCCUGAAUUGGAGCUUACAAUGGUUGAUCAUGUGAUAUCAUGUACAUUAAGAUGGUGCAGUGGUGUUGGUCACAGGAAGAGCUCGUCUACAAUCUUAGCAACGGUACCAUAUGUGGAUGGAGCAAGUCACCACGGCAAUCUGGAAUCAACGACUGCCAGUGGC